AUGACGGAGAUGACUUUAAUUAUAGAGAGCUUGGGUGAUUUUCGAACCAUUAAUGGAUUAUCUUUGAAUCACAUGAAAAAAUUGACUAACAUCCUGAGACGUAGAGUUGGAAAAAAAUCAGUAGUUGCUCAUAUUAUAAAGCAUUUGUCCGAAAAAUUCAAGACGUUAGAUUCACUCUACAGCGAAGGAAUAUUUAAAUUUCAUACUGGUAUUGAUAAAAUUUACAAGCAAAAGCGACCGGUUGUAUGGGCAAAUGCUAUUGAUUUAUUAGACAGUGUAAUAGAACGUCGUAGUAUUAUUGGUAACUUUCUUAUUAAAGUGAUGGCUGAUACUGGGCAAGGAUUUUUUAAGCUCAGUAUGACUAUACUUCCUGAAGGUUACUUAGAACUAUUUUCAGACAUAAAAGAAACAUAUGACAACGUCAAGCUCAUAUUUGAUUUAACGAAACUGAAUGAUAUACCGUACAAGUUUGUGUGUGAUUUCAAGUUACUAUUAAUUGUAAAUGGACAGCAAACAGCCACAGCUUCCUUUCCCUGUCCAUAUUGUUUUGUGCCACUACAAAGCUUAAGAAGUAAUAAAGAAGUAAAUGGUACCUUGCCAAGCACGUCAACUUUAUCUAAAGUGGCCGAUUCUGAGGUGACAGAAAAUUACGAGAAUAAUUUGAAAACUUUUGGUAAUUUGCGAAAAGAUUACAAAAAGUUUGUUGCCCUGAAAAAAUAUAAAACGCUUGCAAAAGAGUGCCAUAGUACUGUGAAUGCACCAUUGUUUGAUGAAGACCACGACACCUGUGUGCUGCAAAAAUGCAUAAUUCCAGAAUUACAUAUUAUGUGUUUUGUGAACCAUCUUUUCUGGAAAGGACUUGUGCCUCUUUUAGGUAGAGAACGAGCUUUGCUUUGGCCUAAGAGUUUAUGCGUUAUAUCUAAAAAUUAUCACGGGGAAGCUUUUGAAGGCAACCCAUGUAGAAAACUGUUAAAGCAUCCUGAUGAACUUUUAAAAUCCGAAAUUUUUGGCAAAGUUGAACCUUUAAAAUUAGUACCAUUCAUUGCUUCCUUUAAGGCCAUGGAUAAACUUGUCAACGCUUGUUUUUCUACUAGGCAAGUAGAUUCCGAAUGACUAGCCAAGAUGUUUAUCAGGGGUAAAAAAGGACUGUUAACAUGGACUAAAUUUAAAAAAGCACUAAAAGAGGACUUUGAUAAACAGCGCAUUACACAAAAAGCGGAAAAACCGAAAGAUGAAAAAUAUGAAACCCCACGAGAAUAUCUACUCGCCAUGGAGGAAAUAGCACGGGAGCCUGAUGUAACCAUUUCGGCCACAAGUCAACCACGUGUACCGCAGUGA